GGCUCUGGCGGCAUGUGUUGUGUUUAAUUAUCCAGUCAGCUGGUGUGGGAAUCGAGCAGCGGCUCCGCUCAGAGGCUGAGUCCUUUGCCUGUCGCAGCAGCAGCGGCAGUGUGCAGCAAAAAGAGACGACACAGGCUAAAUGUGCUCUAAACAACCGGGAGCACAUGGAGCAGAGGGUAGGUGAGAGAACCUCGCAGUGGCAGCAUGUUACACAUCAAGUUGUUGCUGAACAACCUGGGAGCACGCUUCUGUAGCUGGAGAUCGCCCAGGCGUGAACUGACUCAAGAUGAGUGGCCUUGGGAACAACUCCACAGACCCGGGACACUCAGAUUCCCAGAAGAGGAAGGGGUCGCCAUGUGACACUCUAGCCCAGAGCAAUGAGAAACGACGCAGGGAGCAAGAGAACAAAUACUUAGAAGAGCUGGCAGAUUUGCUUUCAGCCAAUAUCGGAGAGAUCGACAGCCUGAGUGUCAAACCUGACAAAUGCAAGAUUCUGAAGAAAACGGUUGAUCAGAUUCAGCAGAUGAAAAGACUUGAACAAGAAAAAACAGCUGAUGAUGAUGUCCAGAAGUCUGAUAUAUCGUCCAGCAGCCAAGGAGUGAUUGAGAAGGAAUCCCUGGGGCCUCUCCUUCUGGAGGCACUCGAUGGCUUCUUCUUUGUUGUGAAUCGUGAAGGACGGAUCGUGUUUGUGUCAGAGAAUGUGACCAGCUACUUGGGCUACAACCAGGAGGAACUCAUGAAUACCAGCGUCUACAGCAUCUUGCAUGUGGGAGACCAUGCUGAGUUUGUCAAGAAUCUCCUCCCCAAAUCACUCGUAAAUGGCGUCCCUUGGCCUCAAGAAUCCACCAGACGCAAUAGCCAUACCUUCAACUGCAGGAUGCUGACCCGUCCCCCAGAUGAGCCAGCCACAGAGAACCAGGAGGCCCGCCAGCGCUACGAGGUCAUGCAGUGCUUCACUGUGUCCCAGCCGAAACUGAUCAAGGAGGAAGGAGAAGAUUUGCAGUCCUGUCUGAUAUGCAUCGCACGGAGAUUACCUCGAUCUACAGCCCCCACCACAUCAGAAUCGUUCAUGACCAAGCAAGACACCACAGGUAAAAUAAUCUCCAUCGACACCAGUUCACUGAGAGCGGCAGGCCGAACCGGCUGGGAGGAUCUAGUGAGGAAAUGCAUCUAUGCUUUCUUCCAGCCUCAGGGCAGGGAGCCAUCUUACGCCAAGCAGCUAUUUCAGGAAGUGAUGACUCGGGGCACAGCCUUCAGCCCAUCCUACCGGUUCACAUUGAGCGACGGGACUGUACUGAGUGCUCAUACCAAGUGCAAACUCUGCUGCCCACAGAGUCCAGAGAUGCAACCUUUCAUCAUGGGCAUUCACAUCAUUGAGAGAGAACAUGGCCCGUUGUCACCUCAAGAAAACACUAACUCUGGAAUGCCUCUUCCCCGGGUGAGUCCCUCGCUGAACCCAAACAUUUCCCCAGGACAAGGCAUGCCUCUGCCUACCCCACACCCUUCUGCCAACAAUGGAAACAUGUUACCAGCCAAUCCGGGCCACCCGCCAGGCAUGGGCCUGCAUGGCAAUAGCAGUGCUGCUGCCACCACCGGCCCAGCCAGCUUUGGAUGUUCACCUGGGAGCCAGAUGGGAGCAAACGUUGCCUUAAGCCAGGGACAGGCUGGUCCCCAGAACAGCAACCAUGCCAUAAACCUCAGCAGCUCCCCAAUGAACAGUCCGGGGGUCACCCCACCACAGUUCAUGUCCCCCAGGCAUCGGGUCAGCCCAGGCCUGGUCCACCGGCCCAGAGUGCCAAGCAACCCUUUUUCUCCCACCAUGCCCACCACACACUCCCCCGUGGGUAUGGUGGGCAGCUGUGGUGCCAGCAGUACUGUCAGCAACAGGCCUUACCCAGGCACCCCAUUAAACUCCAUGCAGGGACUGACAGAAGGGCCCAGCCCCCCAGUGGGCUACUCCACCCCCUCACCUGUUUUGCGGCAGCUGAGCAACCAGAACUCGCCCAACCGGAUGAGCAUGCCACCCAUGAAAACGGAGCCAAAAGACAGCAAGGAAAUCAGCUCCAUCCUGUGUAGCAUGACCCAUUCUGACAGCGUCUCAAAUGACAGCAAGCCCUUGGACUCUAGCUUGUUGCAUGGCGGUGACAGACUUUCAGAGGGGGACAGCAAGUGCUUACAGGCCACCAGCCAAAAGCUAGUCCAACUCCUGGCUACCACAGCCCAGGAACAGUUACGGCAGGCAGACGCUGACACCAGCUGCAAAGAGCCAUUGUCUUGCACAGGCACUUCUGGUACGCCAUCCUCUGGGAACCCCGUGGGCAGUGCAUGCCCAUCCUCUCACAGCUCCCUCACAGAGCGGCACAAGAUCUUGCAUCGGCUCCUGCAGGAGGGCAGCCCGUCAGACAUUAGCUCCCUGGGCAUGGAGCAUGACAAGAAAGACAGCGUGCCCGGUGGAAAUGCCGCAGCCAUUGCUGCACAGAACCAGGCCCCAGGAACCCCAGACAUGAGGAUGGAGGCUGAUGCUAUGAAGAAGAAGGAAUCAAAGGACCAUCAGCUCCUUCGCUACCUGCUUGAUAAGGAUGAAAAAGAGCUAGUGUCUAACCCCCCCUUGAGUCUGGAUGAUGUAAAGGUGAAAGAGAAUCCGGAGCAACUGGAUCCUUGCAGUGUAGCUUCUGCCUCGUUGACUAAGCCCUCUGUUCAGGAGGAAGUGAAGCUGCAACCACAGGGACAGUUUGCCUCUGAUCUUGACCAGAUCUUGCCGUCGCUGGAAAAAGCCGCCCAGUUGCCACCAGGCCUCUGUGGAUCGGAGACAGCCGAGAGUGGUGGCAUUGCCAUAAAGUCUGAGAUCCUGACCCCUUCCCUGCAGCCUGCCACUGCGGCAAGAACACCCGCUGGGAUGAGCUCUGUUAAUGGCGGUCAGGGAAUGCAGGCCGGACGGUCCCCCUAUGAAAUCUGCGAUCCCCUGGAGCCAGUUCAGCCUAGGACUGCACCCUUCCCUGCAAUGAAUGGCAGCCCUCAUCCUGGAAUACCAUCUGAGCUUGGCAGAGGGGCCAUGCCUGGCCCAACCCCCUUCCAGCCGGACACAGGUUUGCCUGAACUAGAACUGGGAGUCACUGAUCAUCAGUUUGGACAGCCAGCAAUGGGGGAACAGAUCCCAUGGUCAGACAACUCCAUGACCUCCAUCAACCGGGGACCAAUGAGCAAGUCAGAUGACCAGUGCAUCACUUCUCAGCUGGAUGAGCUCUUGUGCCCCCCAACCACCCCAGAGGGGCGGAAUGACGAGAAAGCCCUUCUCGAGCAGCUGGUUUCCUUCCUGAGCGGCAAAGACGAGAAUGAGCUGGCAGAACUGGACCGCGCUCUUGGCAUCGACAAACUAGUCCAGGGAGGUGGCCUGGAAGCGCUGACAGAGAGGUUCCAGCCGCAGCAAGCGACACCACCCCCGCCCCCCUUGGUCAUGGAUCAGAAGCCCAGCCUGUACCCACAGCCUUACCCCUCUGCCUCGCCCACCGCCAACCUCGCUGGCCCUUUCCCGGGCAUGGUCAGGCAAAAGCAGUCCUUUGGGCCCAUGCCAGUCCAAGUCCCGCCACCUCGGGGAGCCUUCCCUACCAACAUGGGGAUGCAGCCACGGCAGACCCUUAACCGACCCCCAACAGUGCCCAACCAGUUGCGUCUGCAGCUGCAGCAAAGGCUCCAGGGACAACAGCAGCUGAUACACCAAAACCGUCAAGCCAUCCUGAACCAAUUUGCUGGGAACCCUCCAGGCAGCAUUGGCAUGAGGCCGGGCAUGCAGCAACCGAUCGCGGGGCAGCCCCCGCUCAACGCACAGAUGCUGGCCCAGCGUCAGCGUGAACUCUACAGCCAGCAGCACCGGCAGAGGCAGCUCAUGCAGCAACGGGCCAUGCUCAUGCGGCAGCAACAAAGUUUCGGGAACAACCUCCCCCCUUCAGCCGGGGUCCCUGUGCAGUUGGGGGCUGGGCGUCUCCCCCAGGCUCCCCCUCAGCAGUUCCCCUUCCCCCCCAACUACGGUACGAAUCCGGGAAACCCUCCAACCUCCACAAGCCCCUUCUCACAGCUGGCAGCAGCCAACCCAGAGGCGGCCCUGGCUAGCCGGAACAAUAUGGUGAACAGAGGGAUGAUGGGCAGCGUCGGAGGACAGUUCAGCUCCAACAUGAACCCUCAGAUGCAGCAGAACAUCUUCCAGUAUUCAGGGUCAGGAAUGAGUCAGCAAGGGGAGGCAGCCUUUGCCCCUUCGCUCAGUCCUGGGAGCCCCUUGAUGUCGCCACAGGUCCCUCCUUCUCAGAGCCCCAUGCUCCAGUCGGCACCACCCACACCGGGGUACCAGUCACCCGACAUGAAGACCUGGCAGCAAGGACCCAUGGGGAAUAACAACGUCUUUGGCCAGGCUGGGCAGACCCAGCCCUCACCAGCCCAGCAAGGAAUGUACAACAACAUGAGCAUCACAGUGUCGAUGGCUGGAGGGAAUGCCAAUGUCCAGAACAUGAAUCCAAUGGCUGGGCAGAUGCCAAUGAGCUCACUGCAGAUGCCCAGUAUGAACCAGCUGUGCUCUGAGCAGGUUAAUGACCCAGCUCUCAGACCCACAGGCCUCUACUGCAACCAGCUCUCCUCUGACCUUUUGAAAACAGAAGCUGAUGGCGCACAGCAGGUCCAGCAGGUCCAAGUGUUUGCUGACGUCCAGUGUACAGUCAACCUGGUCGGCAGAGACCCUUACCUGAACCAGCCCGGCGGCCCGGUGGGAGCACAGAAGACCACCGGGGGCUCCCAGACGCCACAGGCCCAGCAGAAAAGCCUCCUUCAGCAGCUACUGACUGAAUGAAUAGCCCGCUUUUCAAAGGAAUGUGAAAUUUAAAUAAUUAAGACGUACAGAGAUAUAUAUAAAUAUAUAAAUAUAUAUUAUAUAUUUUUCUGAGAUUUUUGAUAUCUCAAAAACUUGCAGCCAUUCUUCAGCUCUUGUAGUGUUUGGAGCAACAAAAAUAUUUUUUCCUUUUUUUUUAAGGUGUUGGAUGUCAGCAAAAAAAGUGACAAAGACGGAACAGUUGAGCCAAAAUUUACAGAUGAUCCUUAUUUUUGUAAUCAGUUGCUGGCUUCUUAUCCCUGACGGAGGUUACUUGUGGGGCAGGGAGGUGGCGGUGGUUUUGGGAUCCAGGGAAGGCGUCUUGCUGGGUGCAUGGGGAGAGGAAGAGGAUUUGAGUUCUCAGUUUCAGCUGGAUCUGUCACUGAUUUGCGCCUUCAGCAAAGCAGGGAGCCAGUGAAGAAUCAUGUCCAUCUCUUCUCUGGAAAGGGAUGUUUUUAGCUAUUCUUAAAGACAUGCCCCUCGCCAGUUGCCUGCCCUGUCCCCAAUCCGUUUGUGCAAUCAGCUUUUUCUAGCAAUCGUGAAUUUGUCAGUUUUAAAGAAAAAGGAUGAUGAUGAUGAUGAUGAUGAUGAUGAUGACAAUGACAGAGUAUUUUGACCCACCAUUCCCCCCUCCUAUGUUUUAUUACUGGUAUAUAGACAGCCUCCUUAAGUGUGAAAAAGAGGCCUCUGUGUAUAUGACAAACUGGGUGGGUGGGACCUCUCAUACAAAAACUAAUAUAAUAAUUUUUUGAAAAUAAAAUACAUGAGUACAGUUUGGGGGAUAAUUGCAAUAUUUUUAGGGGGAGGGAGGGAGGAGGGGGAAGCAACAGCCGCUCUGAGAGCAACGCACCAAGUGCUGUCCCGACUAGGACGCUCCCAUUCAUUUCUAUGGGGUUUGUGACCAGGGGGUUGGCCCAGAGCCCCACAAAUCCUGUCGAAACGAAAGGGAGAAAGUGCAGCGGGAGCCGCUCACAGCAAAGUUGCGUCCUUCGGCCACUAUUGUAGAUAUUAAAAGAAAAUCUGAUUAAAAUUAAGCAGUCAGUUCUCUGCUUUGAUUCUGUUUAACAGCCAAAGUAGCUUAAAACUAUUUAAAAAUAAGAUUGAUUAUGACUAUAAUUUUUUUUAAAAGGCAGUUCUUUAUGGAACGGGAGACAAGCUGAUUCUUUGCCCCCCGCUCAGGCCUUUCAGUGUAAAUAGCUAAAAACUUCUUGUAUAAUUUGGUUUCCUUCUCUCUUUUUAGUUAAGGGGGGGGGGUUUCGCUCUUAAAUAGCAUUGCUUUUUGGGGGGGGUGGGGAGGGUUUCUUUCUUUCCUCUUUCUCUUUCUGAAAUUUUGUUGGAUGUGUGAAAAACAAAACUGUGUAGCUUUUUGUUAAUUGAAUUUGCAAGAGUUUAAAAAAAACAAAGAGACAAAAA